AUGGAGAAGGUCGAAUCGGCUCAGAUCGAAACCGCGGGCGAGUUUCCCGAGAAGUCGCUUGGGCAGCAACAACACAACAAGGGCGAUAUUGUAUUGAUUGGAGAAAACCACGAGGUUCGAAAGAUUCCAAUUCCCACCGAUGACCCCAAUGAUCCUCUCAACUGGCCCAAAUGGCGAAAGGCUGGAGUGGUUGGAACUUGCUGCUGGUUCGCCAUCUUUUCGUUGCUUUCCAUUAGCGGUACCGGAACCUUUAUGAACACACUAUACGCAAUGUAUAUGCCGGCACAUACUGCUGAAGAGAUCACUGGAUUGAGCACCUACCCUACCAUGGUCAUGGCUUUUGGAAGUUUUGGUCUCUUGCCGCUCGCCUUCAUUUUCGGUCGGCGUCCGGUUUUCCUCUUCUCGGUUAUAUUGGCAUUCAUCACUGUUCUCACGGCUGGGUCGAGUCAAGGUUACGAAGGCCACUUUAUCAGCCGGAUCUUCCUUGGCCUCGCCACGGGAGCUACCGAGUCGCUUCUUCCCUUGAUCAUAUCCGACGCGACCUUCCUCGACGAGCGCUCGUUUUACUUUGGCAUCUACUGGUCGGUACAAAACUGCGUGAGCGCAGGACUGCAGAUCGGACUCUCGUACCUCACGGCGGCAGGAACCUGGAGGUGGUAUUACUGGCUAUUUGCCAUCACACUUGGCCUGUCAAUCAUGUUUGCCUUCUUCCUUCUGCCGGAAACGCGAUUCCAGCGCCCGGCAUCCAGCGUCAAUGGCCAAAUCAUCUACACGGACGAGUUUGGCACCACGCACUUUUUGAGCGACGAGGAUGCCCGUGAGCGGUUCGGCGACAUUGCCCAGCCAGUGAGCAACGGCGCCGUGGCCCGGAAGCGUUCGUUCUUGCAGGAGCUCAAGCCGUGGAGCCCCGUGGCCGACAACGGCUUCAAGAUCUGGGUCGGUGCCUAUGGUAAGAUUUUGAAGAGCUUGAGUUCCCCUGGCGUCAUCUUUGCCAUGCUGGCCAGCUCCAUCUCGCUCGGCAUUGGCGUCGCCAUUACUUUGAUCUACAGCACGAUUCUCGAGGAGUCUUAUGGAUGGUCCCCCUCGUCGGUCGGCCUGUUCAACAUUGGUAUCAUUCCGGCGUCCUUCUUGGCCAUGCUGCACUCGGGAUGGCUGGCCGACAAGAUCAAUGUGCGCCUCGCAGCCCGCAACGGCGGCGUUCAUCGCCCCGAACACCACUUGAUUCAUCUUAUUGUUCCGUAUCUAACGGGUGCUGUUGGUAUUAUUGUUUUUGGCGUUUGCGCAAAUGACCCGCAAGCAUACUCUGCCUGGGUUCGUUUCCUUGUAGCCUGGGCCAUAUAUGAGUUCUCCUUCAUCAAUGUUCUUAUCACCACUACGAGCUUUGCUGCCGAAGUAUUCCCCGAGAACCCCGGUGCCGCCAUGGUGCCGGUGGUGGGAGGCAAGAAUAUCAUUGCUUUUGGUGCCGCGUACGGUCUCAUUCCCAUGCUUAACAUUUAUUCGUACCUCAAGGCCUUUAUGAUCCUCCUCGGCAUCUUCUCCGGAAUUUUUGCGCUCGGCAUUCCGGUCUACUUCUUGAACUCAAAGUGGAGAAGUGCCGCUCUGAAGCGUACGUGA